AUUGUUUGUUAGGACAAAGAUGGCGAUGUUCAAGACUUGUCUAUUUUAGUACUUCAUCUGUAGUGCUGUAGUGAUUUAUGGGGUUCCACUUAGGCGAUCUGUUCUGUGAUCUGAUGUAUAACUGUCAGUUUGGCGUCUGCGCAUGUUUAUUAGAUUUUUAGCGUGUAUAUUUGUUUUUUUUAUCGCCGGGUCUUUCUAAUGAAAAAAAUUGCUUAGAUACGAAAUUAGAACUAAAAUCUUACAGUUUCAAACACAUCUACAACUUCCCUAAUUAGUUUCAGUUGUUUAUUGAAUGUAGGGUUUCAGUGCAUCCUGCAAUCAAUACGAAGUUACUAUGAGCAAGAGAAGUAGUCCUGUGCCCCCCACAAAAACUCCAACAGCCAUCCCUGCUUCAACGGAACCUGACGAAUAUUUUGUUGAAAGGAUCAUAGAUAGCAGAGUGAAUGAAAAGGGCAUCAAAGAAUACUACAUAAAAUGGUCUGGGUAUGAUGAAAAAGACAACUCAUGGGAACCAGAGUAUAAUGUAAAUAGCCCCGGACUAAUCAAGGCAUUUGAGUUGGAGAAAGCACGUAAAGAAAAGGAAGAGAAGAAAACAAAAUUAACCACUCAAAAUGGACCAGGCAAAGGUGUGAAAAGGAAGUCUGAUGAUAAAAAACAAAUAGGCUUUGACAGAGGAUUAGAACCUGAGAAAAUCAUUGGUGCCACAGACAGCCCUGGUGAACUUAUGUUCCUGAUCAAAUGGAACGGUACAGAUGAAGCGGAUCUUGUACCAGCAAAGCAAGCCAAUAUCAGGUGUCCCCAGAUAGUUAUAAGGUUCUAUGAACAACGUCUCAAAUGGCAUGCUCCAAAUUUAGAGAAACCUAGCAAUGAAUAAGUUUAAGAAUCAUUUAGAAUAGGAAGUAUUCCAUUUCAGCAUGUAACAUAUUUUGGGAUGGUCAUCUAAAUCACAGGUACAAUACACCAAUUAUAUAAUAAAAUAAAAAAUAAAAUAAUCCGGAUCCUGCUGGAGCACCUUUUGUUCAAUUUUUUAAAUCCCCUCCCUUUUUAAUUAUUGCAAGUUUUUUCACUCCGACUAUUUUUCUGAUUUCUCGGAUCAUUCUGUACAAGAAAGGACGUCCUGUAUAUAAGCCAUUUAAUGUCUCAAAAACAAAAAAAAUGCUAUCUUCGAUGAUUAACAACUCGGUUAAAAAUCCGUUAUUUUUGCGGUUGCCAAGUGUCUGGAUUAAAGUGAGCAUCUUCCCCUACAAGACCCGAAGAGUAUUUCAUUAAUUUAUUUUAAGCUACUUCAAGGCCAAAAACGGCGAACUUUUGAUUUUUAGAGACUACAAUACAGCCUUCACUAAAUUGAAGCAAAAACCAAUGUUUUGUUUAUAACAGAGUGUAUCGACGGUUAUUUUUUUUUUAAAUAUACAGAGCGUCCCACAAGUCAUGGAAAGGUAGUAAUAUGGGAUAAUUUCCGGCUGACUUUUCUGACUGGAAAUGACCCUCUAUAUUUCCAUGACUUUUGGGACGCCCUGUAUAUUGAAAAAAGUUAACUGCCGAUACACUUUGCGAAUAAACAAAACAAUGGUUUCAGCUUCAAUUCAAUGAAGGUGGUAUGUACAGUCUGCGAAAUACAAAAGUUGGCGUUAACAAACUAGCUUGAAAAUCGUUUUAAAAUGAAUAAUUGAAAAAAUAAAUUAAUCUUGAAAUACUUCUCGGAGUCUUGUAGGGAUUUUUAAUUUAGUAGCUUGAAAACCACUUUAGAGAAAAGUCACUGAUGACCUUUAUUUUUCAGAAUAAUCCGAGAUAUAAAAAAAUGGUCGGGGCGAUUCAUUUUUUCAAUUGCUAAAGGGAAUUGAAAGAAUGGACCAAAAUGUGUCCCGGCAAAAUCUAGAUUAUUAUUCUUUGACUUUUUCUCAGUUAUCUGUUCAUAAAGUACGGUCCUCGCAUUUUGCAAACUCUGUCGUAGUGAAUGUACAGAUUUUGGGUUGUGUCACUAGUCUUGCCAAUAUUGCAUUGACGUGGAACUAUUCUACCACAGAUUUUUUAACAUCGUUGGAGUUUGAGCUUGAAUAAAAUGAUUAAUUACUAUCAGAUUGCAUAUUACUAGUAUAAAAUGCCUUAAAGCCAUAGCAUCUUUUUUUUCACAAAAUAUUUGUACAUACUGACUCGAAUAUAUUUUAAUCCCCAAAAUGUGUUGCCGUUUAUAACUCAAAUAGUUUAUAAUGAAAAUCAACAUAGACGCUUUGUAUACAUGUCCCAAUUUUUUAUUUUUCUGCUUUCAGCAACACUUGUAUUUGUCAUAAUUUUUAAGGCUUCUUUCUGUAUUCUAUUCUACUCAAAAUUUGUAUAUUUUGGAAAUACUGCAUCAUUGUAUGGAAGCUGAUCAAAGAAUUAUUUCCAUAGCAUUACUUAUUAUUAGCUACAGAUCUCUAUAUUUUUUUGCUCUAGCAAUUACAUAGUUUAAUGAGUAAUUAUUUUGUGAUAAUUUGAAUAAUAGAUUUUGAUAAAAAAAUAAAACUAUACUAUGUAAAAUUUCUUUUGGUAAAAAUGUGCCAUUUAUUAAUUAAGUAAUGUGUAAAAGUUUGAUUAAGGCACCAAACUAAUUUUCACAGUUUUGGGAAUGACAUUUGUUUGGAUUUUUUCUAGCUGGACUUUUGGUGAUAAGUAAUGUCGUGUGCUGAAUAAAUAAAUAUAAAUAAAGUUACUUUCUUUA